CUGCUGUUGUCAAAACUCAAAACUAAAGAUCAAUGAAGUUGAAGUAACCUUGAAUCUUGCGGAGAAAAACCGAGACAACAAGUUCUCGUUAUAUGACCCCGACCAUGGAAACCGAGAAGUUGGUCAAGAUUCACACUGAUGCAGAGCGUUUAAAGUCAAGAAACUACUACUACUACUACAGAACCUGAACACAUCACAUUUGAAACGAGGAAAAAGAAUUAAAAUUUGGAAAGGGCUAGAGAGUUGAAACAUAG